UAAAAUUAUUAUUAUUAUUAUUAUUUUAUUCAAAACACAGAGAAAGAGAGUAGAUGAUUUUCUGACAAAAGGGGAAAAAAUUAUUUUUUUCUGCUUCCGACCAGAAGAAAUGUGAACCGGGUGUGAAGGAACCUCAACAACAUCUACCUGUCAUUCAUUUAAUUCAAAUGCCUGGACACUGAAGUGCAUUUCAGUGCAAGUCCAAGUUACCUCAGCUCAGAGGAAACUCCCCACCCUUCCUCCUGGCGACAGGUGACUGGCUGUUCCUGAUUGGUGUGACUGCAAGCCUGAACAUGAACGCUGUGCUCUGUCUGCUCCUGCUCUUCCCAGCUUUGACAGCAACAGGGAAAAAUCUGGGAUUAAACGGGUUAACUCUGGCUCAGAGGAAACUCCCAGCACAUCCUCCCAGCGACAGGAGGACACACCGAUCACACUGGCUGAUCGGUGUGUCUGCAAGCCUGAACAUGGACGCUGUGCUCUGUCUGCUCCUGCUCUUCCCAGCUUUGACAGCAACAGCAUUGUCUGCCGAUGGGAAAUACUACCACAUAAUGAGUACAUGCCAGUUCAUAGAGAAGGCCUCACAGUACGACGUGCAGUAUAAGAUCCAGUACCACUUUAAUGGCCGGCUGCUGGCGCUGUACAACAGCUCCACAGAGAAGGUGCUGGGAUUCACUGAGUACGGAAAACGCUUAGCAAGCAACUUAAACAAAGACGUUCACUACCUGCAAAGAAGGAGAACAGACCUGAAUGUCCAUUGCAAAGAGCAGGCAGCUGAGCUGUACAAACACAUGCAGGGCCAAGCAGUGCCCCCUGUGGCCAGCCUGAGGCGGGACAGGCCCGAGGUCGCCGGGGGCCCCGUGGUUCUGAUCUGCAGCGCCUACGACUUCUACCCGCGGCAGAUCAAAGUGUCCUGGCUGAGGGACGGGGUCGUGGUGCCGGAGAUGGAGGUGAUGGAGAAGUUGGUCAGUGUCAGCUGGCGCUACCAGAUCCACUCGUACCUGAAGGAGCCGGCGGGCGAGGGCCUGAACAUCCAGUGCAUGGUGAAGCACCAGAGCCUGCCGGAGCCCAUGCUGCUGAGGCUGGACCGGUCUGAUCUGGAUUCUGGUGCAGUCCAGUCUGCUGUGGGCGUGUCCAUCUUGUCACUGGGAGCUCUGGUGCUGCUCGGCGGAGGGAUCUUCUACUGGAGGAGAGCGUCAGGCAGGCUGAGGCGCCGGGACUCGUUUCCAGCUGGAGGAGCUGCAGCUCAGCUCCACAUCCAAGAUCACUGACAUUCACAUUAGUUUAUAAUCACAAUCAGAUUACUCACAUUCAGAUUACUCACACUCAGAUUACUCACAUCCAGAUUACUGUUAUGAAAAAAGACUGUGUAUUUGGGCUGCUGAAGGGGGAAGAGGGGUUAUAUCUGAGAAGAAUUUUCAGUUUUGAGAUUACAGUCAUAAAUUUAUGAGAAAAAAAACUGGGAAAACUUUUUUCCGUGGCUCCACUGUGCUGCCCCCUGCUGGCCGUGUCUCAGGCCUGCAGCUGAUCCCCUCAG